AUCCAUGUGGAGUGGUGCAAAGCAUGUGCACACACACACCACUGGGAAGAGGAGGUUAGGCUACUAUUUGAAGAAAAGCAAUGUGCAUUACAGUUUCUUGAGUGGCAUGCAAAUUGGUGGAUGGGCCAUGCUAGUGCCAUUGCAACAGGUGACAAAGCUCUCUCUGAUGGGUGUCAUGCAUAUGCCAAGCAUCAGGCAGGGCUUCAGCAUCAGCUCACAAGGUCAUUUGCUGAUAUGUGGAAG